GCAAUGCAGAGUCCAUAAUUUCCCAUAAAUCAUGGACUCUGCAUUGAAGUGGACACUUUUUCUCAGUGUAUCUGUAACUGGCUCAGGCUCAGGGAAGUUAUCGGCAUUUCUUUUGCGAUCCCAUUUUUAUUUAUGUUAUAUGUAUAUUCAGUUUAAACACAUGGGGUAGUAACAGGAUGCAAUCAAAAAAGUAAAGACAAACAGUGGAAAAAUUCAAAAGCAAAUACCAAGUACCGAUAGAGAACCCCCCCCACACACACACACACACUACACACACACACACACACACACACACAUGGACAUAUACACACAAAAGGGAUAGCACAGCCUUGCAGCCUUGACCUACAUUUUACAAGCAUUAUAAGUGAUUUUGAACCCAUGCUGUGAUUUCCACUGCAGAGUCAUGUCUGCUUUUAAAUGAACAGUAGUUGAUGAAGUACUCCAACUGUGUGCAAUCUAACGCUCAGGAACAGAACUCUGAUAUUGACUUGAGAGACUUGGGCUACGUUCACACUGCAGGUUAUGAUGCACAAUUCGGAUUUUUUGUUAAAUGUGUCACUUCACGGACACAUUCCGUUUUCAUUAGAUGCCGCAUUCGUUGUUGUAAUGUGAACGACCGCACAAAAAGAUCAGAUUUAACAAAAAAUCUGAAUUGUGCAUCAUACCCUGCAGAGUAAACAUAGCCUCUGAGAUGUCCUUUUUACAUCCAUUCAUGUUACCAACCUGCUGUAAAUUCAGAAUUACACAACUUUUUGUGUGUUUUGUUUUCCCUGUCCCAGCUAUUUUGAAUCCUAACAUCAUAUAUAAAAUAAGAGUACAGUUUUACACAGUCACAUUUUUUUUUGUUUCAACAUUUAAUUUGAGGACUUUGCACCAUGUUCAAACAAACAAAAAUAGUUUACAUGAUUUGCAGACUAUAAAAUUUGGCUUUUAUCAACAGGAAAUUGGGAAUCAGUUUUAUCAGCUUGACUGGCACUUCUUUCAAGUCCCCAAACUUAACGUUCCUCCUGUGUUAGCUUAUACGCACCCACUAUGUAAAGGGUCAGUUUUGACCCGUGUCUUAAAUCAGCUGUAAAUAACACUAAAAACAUUUGUCUAUCAUCCAAUUUGGUUCCCUAUCUCUUGGUUACCUUGUAAGACUUCAUUAUUCAUGAAAAUACUACUUAUAAUAGUUUUUGUCAGUAUACCCCUCAUACAGACAUCUUUACUGAAUUGAUCUCAUAUUUCUGGACAUGCCUGAAGCUGUUUUUUGUGCCGCGAAAAACAUGGCAAAACGAGAAUUUCCUAAAUCUCACAUGAUUGGAAGAGGAUCUGACUGUCAGUGUGGUGCCUGAGAGUGCACUUAUGAUUUCAGUUUUUGCUCUGAUCAUAAGAUAUUAAUCUAACCGGGUCAACAGCAACCCUAACACGACAAGUACCAUCAUUAGAUAAUUAGAGCAUCUUAAAAUCUAAAAUCUUAAAAUCUCAUAUUUUAUUUUUAUUUUGUUGUAAUAGAGGCUCCUAACAAAGUCAAAUAAAAAACUUAUUUAACAAAAACAGGUAGAUGUAGACCGUAACACAGGAGGAGGGUUAAAUGAUUUGCAGACCAUAAAAUUUUGCGUUAACAACAGGAAUUUGGAAAUCAAUUUUAUCAGCUUGACUGGCUCUUCUUCAAAGUCGCCCAACUUCACAAAAGUGCACAAACAAAUGGCUGGUGCUUCCCUUUAAAUGAUUAAUUAAUGAGCUUACCAUCAUAACUGGAGUAAUGGUGUUGUAAUGGCCACAUUUGGAGGCUCAAGUGCCUCUUUGAAGAAUAAUUAACCCACCUUACACACUGAGACAUCAAUGGUGGGUAUGGCACAGAUUGAUUUAUCAUGAAUUACUCAGCUGCUGUUGUGAUACAUAAACAUCACUAGUGGCAGCAUCAGUAAAGCCGCAUACACUUUAUGUUAUUUCUCUCUUUGGUGUAAAGAUCCAGGGGAAACCUUUUGGUCGCCUGUUUGUAAAUGACUGAAGUGUUACAUAUACUCUAACGCUGAAUCUCUGCACAUCACACAAGACACACACACUCAUACACUCCAAUACACACACUGGAGCUUCGCCACAGCCUGCAGCUGCAUUGACAGUAAACAGAGCAAGGUAGCGCAUGGGCAGCCAGCAGGGAAUUAUUCCACAUCGCAUCACAUCCCUGUGCAUACAUGGCGCCCUCACACACACAGCCAUGAAUUUAACGUGCAGGCUGACGGGGUAGCUGCACAGCUUUACAUCCUUUCCUUUUUUUUCUUUCUUUUUUUUUUGCAGCCAUCGUCUUUUGCGUCGGUGUGCAUCACUGUGGGGAAGAAUCAGCGCACAUUGCUACAGUAGGUACCAUCAUUUUGUGGAGUCAAGACGAUGGAUGUGGCUUCAUCUGGAUUUUUCCCUGCGAAAAUCGGCGGACGGGCGCGAUUUUUCACUCCAAACGCAUCCGCAUCGUCUUCGCUCUGCGAAGUGUCUUUGAAAAGGAAAGCGACGGACCUCUGGAGGAAAUGAGAAGAAAGGUCUAUUUUGACUCACGCCUGUCGAGAUGGUGAGUGAAAUGCAUGGCUAUGUGUUUUUUUUCUUCCCCUGCAACCCAAGGAUGGAGAGCUGCACCUGCUUUUUUCCUCCUCAGCUAAUUAGAAAAAUGUCACAUUAUCCAUCAGCUGUUCCAUUUACCAGCAUAUUUUACGCACACGAGGCGGUUAAGUGGCACAUAAAUGGGUUAUCUCCUUGUAAUUCAGUCUUAUGGUUCUAAAAGUCGUGGUCGCAUUGCAUACACCGUUUAUUUUCCAUCCUCCUCCUCCACGCCAAUAUUUAUAUUCUUCGUGAUUUGGUGCGCAAAAAAAGGGUGCUGUACGGCGACACGUUAAAUACUCAAGCAUGUCUCAAGUAUUCCCAUCAACCCCCUAACGCAGUGUGACGCCAAAAGACAACCAUUUUAAACAGUGGCUCCUCUAUACAGCACCACGCUUUAAAAUGACCUUCAGUGCUCGGUGGCUGGAAAUUGAUCCUCACCUGGGAUGGUGUCCUUUUUGCUAUCACAGCUGUGGCCUUCCUCACAACAUGCACAUGAAUCACAGUGUAAAUACAGACAGAAUGUCUUUUUUUUUCCUUGCAGCAUUUGGGCGUUUUUCCAUCACACUUGAACCCACCUGUCACCAAACCCACACCAGGGAUUUGAUGCAUCUCAGUGACUGCUUCCACAGAAAUCAGUGGCUGCAUUUUCUUUUCUUUUUUUUUCUUCCCCCCUCUGCCUCUCUCCUCGCUGCAGACUACUCACCCAUGCGGUGCUCUCACUGUGUCCCAAAUACAUCACAACGCAUUUGACAAAACCCCAGCUAUGCUAUUAAAAAAACCUGUACAAGAGCUUCGGCUGCACAUGCAUCCUUCAAGUCUCAUUUCUACAGAGUACAAAUAGAAAAGAUGAGAGGAAAGUAUCAUCCUCUCACGUUAAACACUCUGACCUCAGCACCAUCACCAUGGAGACACUAUAACUUUACCACACACUGCAUAUUUAAUAGGCCCGAUUUUGAUCUCUCUGCUGCCAUAGCUACUCUUCAGCAUCUGUGAAUUUAAACUGAACAUUUUACACCAAUAUGAAAAGUAUGCACAGGAUGCAUCUUCUGUAAAGCACAGAGCUUAUCGCUGCCGGCGACAGAAAACAUGUUCCGGCGACGUAAGAGGAUUUGCCAGCAUGAAAAUGUAUUGAUACAAUAAGCCUUUGAAAGGAGUUGCACUCAUCUGGCUCUGAUUCAUGUGGCCUUUGUGCGCAGGAGUGUGAACCAAAGUCACAGAUGGGAGAGAUGAAGGGGUGCUGUCUCACAUAAGCCCCAAAUUAUCGACCAUAUGUUACGUUUGACAUUUGAAAACUGUGUUAAAGCCGGUCUUUUUGAUUCAAGAAAUAACAAGUCACCUCUCAAGGUCUGUUUUUGCGUCUCAGACUGCUCGUGUGGCAUCUUUAUGCAACAUGCAGGUGUGCUGAGCUUUAGGGAGCUGUUGAGUCAGGGGGCCUUAAGAUGGCAGCAUUCUCUUAUAAAACAUCACAUGGAGCCUCACUAAUAACAGCUGGAUGCUUAUAUCCAUGCUUAAUUGGAAAAUAUGAAAUACCAUCUACCACUAACGGGCAUUAUUUGCAGUAACCUUGGUGUUUUCAUUGUCUUUCAGCCCAUUUAUAAGAUCUGUAGAUGAAGAUGAAGCCGAUCUCUGCAUGAUGGUUGCCUAUGACCCCCAAAAACGAGGCUGCAUGUUUCCCCUGUGGUGAUGCUCAGGAUCUUGUCUUCUCUCGAAUCCUAAUUGAUUGUCUCUGAUUCUCUCUCUCUGCUCACGUAAAGGAGGCAUCAUUAAGGAGACCUUUACAUUCCAGAUCAACCACGCCUCAUUAGAUCAUUGUUAUUCUGCGUAAGAGCAAAGGCGCAUCCCUUAGCUGUGACCUGCACACUGCUUUUGCUUAUAAGCACUGAAUCACAAAGAAGAUUGAUCCCUCCGUGGACUCGAUGUAGGAACACCUCCCUCCGAUUCCCACAGCCUCGACCCGUGCUUGGAUUUCAGCAUUCAGUCAAAUCCAGAAGGUUGGUGUUAUGAUCAGUCUGAAAUUGUUGUGAGUUGAAUUGGCAUCUCUGAAAGUCUUCUCCCUGAUUACAGUGAGAGGGAGAACGAUUUGUUCACAUACAGAUGCUCAUAAGCUGUAAUUGAGGCACAAAUGAUGUUCAGAGUCAGUGAUUAAGUGUAAUAGACAUUGUAAAUCCUUGAAUGUUGAGCAUGUCUCCAUUCUAAUUUCUUUUCCUUCCAUCUGCUCUUCCAGGACAGAGUAUGCCAUCUGCACCUUUUCACAGAAUUCUACGACCCCUUCUGCUCGGCACUUUCAUCCUGGGAUGCUUUGUGACUCUGUUUUUGAUGUAUUUUAAACCAUCCACCAGCUGGUUAUCUGGUCCUGUAGAGUCAACAGUAUCCACAGACCGGGUCAAGAACCUCUUCUCCACCAGGAGUGAUAAAAACGUGACCACCGUGCUCAUCUGGCUCUGGCCGUUCGGACAAACCUAUGACCUGGGAGUGUGCAGCUCUCUCUUCAACAUCGAGGGCUGUUUCAUCACAGCGGACAGGAACCUGUUCAACAAGUCUGAUGGGGUCGUCAUCCAUCACCGGGACAUCUGCACUGACCUGUCCAACCUGCCGCCGCUCCAGCGACCUUCUUUCCAGAAGUGGAUAUGGAUGAACUUGGAGUCUCCAUCGCACUCCUCCCAGCUGCCUGGGAUCGAGAACUUGUUCAAUCUGACUCUUAAUUACCGUCAGGAUGCUGACAUUGAAGUGCCUUAUGGGUCCAUCGUAGCAGCGGAGGGCGAGGAGGACUUUGUUCCACCCAGCAAAAACAAGCUGAUCUGCUGGAUUGUGAGCAACUGGAACCAGGAACACGUGCGAGUGAAAUACUACAAUGAACUGUACAAACACAUUGAGGUUCACGCGUAUGGACAAGCCUUUGGGGAGUACAUCUCUGACCAAGACUACUUUCCCACCAUGGCCAGCUGUAAGUUCUACCUGGCCUUCGAAAACUCGAUCCACAAGGACUACAUAACAGAAAAACUGUACAACCCGCUCUCUGUGGGAACCGUGCCAGUGGUUCUUGGCCCACCCAGGCAGAACUACGAGAACUUUAUCCAGGGAGACGCCUUCAUCCACGUGGACGACUUCACCUCACCUAAGGAGCUGGCUGAUUACCUGCUGCUCCUGGACAAGAACGAGGAAAUGUACCUCAGGUACUUUGAGUGGCGACGGCACUUUAAAGUAAAGAAGGCCUAUUUCUGGGCAGAGCACACAUGCCUGGCUUGUGAUUACCUGCGUAGGCACAAAGAAUACAAGGCGCUCAGUAACCUUGACAAGUGGUACUGGGGCGGGUAGUGCUGUGAAGGGCUAUGCAGUGCUUGUUUUGUUAAAGAGGGCAGCGCUUUAUGAGUUUUGUCCUUCGGUUAACAUGGAGGUUCAUUACUGUUCUGUCCUAAGCUCCUGAAUCAUCUUUUCAUUUAGUCUAUUUGGUUCAAAGGCCCAGUGAGACAUCCAUCCUAUCUUUUUAUUUGCAAGCCAAUUUUGCUAAGCCUUAUUUUGCCUUCUAUUAUUCACGUUUUAUUUAAAUGGAUUACAAAUGCACUACAUUUUUUACUUUUAUUUGAACCCUUAUUUUGCUCAAAAUGCCCACAUUUGCUGCUAUUUUUUAUUUAUGUCUUGUUCUGUUGUUUUUUUUUAUAUGAAUGGCUGAAGGGUUGGAGUUUGUAUGGAUAUUCCUGUUUAACAGAUAUCAUUCAUGGUGCAGGGUUUUUUUUUCUUCGUAAAUAUCACCUUCUCAUUAAGUGGCACACAGCAGACAUGGGCGUAUUGUUAGCAGCAGUAGGAGACUGGCAUAAAAAGAGAAAAUAUUUAUGUAAUAUUUAUUAAAGUGAGGCAUUAUAUGACAAAAAAAAAACAAUCUCAUCUGUGCUAGUGAUGCAGUCACCUAUGCAGUGUUUACUGAACUCAAAUGUGAAAGUAGUUCAGCUGUGUCAUGUACAUAUGGUGUAUUUUUGCAGAUAUGCAUCCAUCAUUUUUCUGUAUUUCUCCAAGUUUGCAUUCGAAUUGAAAUGUUUUGACCUACUGUAGGUACAGAAAGGCAAACAGCCAUUACACGACGUGGCUGUACAUGGCGUACGGUGAUCAUUACCAACGUAUUUCCAGACAGCAGAUGUGGCACUGCUCCGUGAGAGGGAGGUUUCUAUUUUAAUCAGAUUGUGAAUUGUUCAUUGUCAAAUGUAAUGUGCCACAGAGCAGUCGGAUCCCAUGUGGAUGAUGAUAAUACAGCACAGAACCAUUGUACUGCAAUAUGAAACUCCCACACAACACAGUAUGUUGCCGAAUGAUUUUAUCUACAGAAGUCUGUAAUUUAGAGUCGAAUACAGUGAUGGGAAAGAGCACAAAAUGAUCACCGUCCUCAUACCUGUGAUUAAGCUAUCUUACUGUGUGUACUGUACUGUCAUCCCACAAUGUGACCUUAGGUAUUUACACUGAUGUUUUCUUUUUUCAGCGAUUUCAAGCAUGUGUAUUUUGGAUCUGCCCAAAUGUUUGGGACCCGUUGAGAAAAAUGUGAAAGAUGUGACUGCAAGAUCAUCCAUAUUUCUGUUUUGAAUCAUCACUCCGCAGUGUUGUUCUGGGAGUAAGAGACUGCAUGUGAAAAGUGUUUUUCUGUUUACACUCCUGUUUACAGUUUUGUGGCUCGCCAGCCAACCUACACCACUCAAGAUCACACGUCUCAGCAUCUGUAGAUAUACCACACUGCUUUUAAAUAUUGUCAGAACAGCCAAUCCACAAACAAUGCAUCCUAACAGCACUCAGCAGCUAUGACAUGAUGAUUACGUCUUUACAGAAAUUAACUGCGCAAAACUAUGUCAACAUUUUAUGCAAGAUGAGCCGGCGUAUUCUUGGUCAAUUACUCAAACAUAUUUCAGGUUAUUAUUAUUUUGAUAUGUCUUCACUUUAAAGGGACCAUUGAUGUAAAUUAGGAUGAAUCCACUUAUUUUUCUUACUGAAUAUGGUCCCAAAUGCCAUAUUGAAAAACUGUAAAUAAACCUUGUAGUGAACUGAACCAUCACCUGGAUCAAACCAGCCCGCUAACACAGAUCAUUCCUGUUUAUUCACAAGACUGAGAGAGCUCCUGCAGUGUUCGCAUCAACGAGAAAAGAAACAAUGUGUUGUAUAUAUUUUUAAUGUUCGAAUCUCUUUAUAACAUGCAAGUGUUGUCAGGCAGUGAAUGUGACUUCGCUGCAUCUUUAUAAAUAAUGUUGGUGCUUCAAAAGGCUGUGAAUCAAGGCAAAAGUAGAGGCAGACUUGAAAAGGGUUAGCGUCAGAGACAAUGGUUUUAGUGCUGGGAGGUGGAUGGUUUCAUCGAGUCAGGCUCUUUUACACUGAUGUUUUUUGUUUCCUCGAGUGGGCGGUUAUCUCCUUGGCAUGACUGAAACAGUCGUGCCAAAAUGCAGCAGAGAUUUAUAUCUUUUAUUGAUGUGGAGUUUUGUGACUCACUGUGCUGAUGCCUGUCUUAGAUGGAGAUGUUGUGAAUUCAGAAACUGUCAACUGAGGUCUCGGCUGCCCCACUUAUUACUUAUGAAACUGCCACUCAUGGUUUCAUAUUGUACAGUCCAAUCUCAUGUAUGAAAACAAAGGUUUCUUGUCCAUUGUGGUUGGUGACUUUAAGGAACAAAAGAUUUGAUUUUUCUGUGUCGUCCGUCUCUUUCAUCUUCCCUCUCUCUAUUUUUGCACAAAAACAAACGUGAGGAGCCUUGUCUUCUCUCAACCCCAUCUGAGUAUGUCACAGCACCAGAGAGUGAAUCAGGAUGUCUCUGAAAACUGUCUGACCUGGCUCGUAGUUUGCUGGAGUUGUUUAAACACUGAAUUAUCAAGUGGGAUGAAAUCUUUGUGUGUGAUCGUACAUGAAGAUUUCACCAGCGAUGCUCAUUUUCUGCCAGUUCACUGAUAUGAUCAGUGAGUCAAUCAGUACAAGUUUUUUGCCAAAUCAUUGUAUUUUGCCAAAUGUUGUGUUUUAACUGUAGAUGUCUGAUAGUGUCAAAGAAAAUAAAGAUAUUGUUAAUGACCAAAACUGAGUAAGGCAUACAGAGCUUUUUUUUUUUUUUGUAAGGUAAAUGCCGCAUGUACUUCCAUCCUCCUCCUUGUAAAAAGCGAAGCCAAAACACCCUUCAAAGGGCUGAGGAUUUGUGCUGGUGAUGUGAUUCGGGGCAAAGGCGUGCUCAAAGUGAUAAUGGAGAGGUCAAUAACGCUCAUGUGAAAGUUCAACACAGUUUCUUCUCUACUCUGCUCGUCUGGUAAAAAUUGCUGCAGAAGCCCUAAUUCAUCUACAGAGCUGUCAAUCAUCACAUUUGGUCUACUUGAUUUAUUCUCAAACAACAAGAAUAGGAUAACUUAUUCAUGUUUUAGGAUAAAAAUGUAGCAACAAUCAAAAACUAGUUUUAGUUUUUUGUUGUUAUUACUUCCAUUUGUUCUUGUUUUUUGUAUGUAACAUUAUUUAAUUAGGUCUAAGUUAACUUUUUACAAUUAUCUAUGCAUGAUGAGUGUACUAAUUCUUUUAUGUUUGCUGUGCUGAUCUUUUGCUGCUGUUAACACCGCAAAUUUCCCCACUGUGGGAUGAAUAACGGUUUAUCUUAUCUUAAGCUAGCUAGAUGGACACAGAGAGUUUAAACAAGACACUGAGCACUUGAUUACAUGAAAAAAGAUCAAUUUAUUGCUGCAGUCUGACUAAAAUUGAACUUGAAAAAUCCCACUAUUUAAAUUGAACUUCUCAUUGUCAUACCUAGAUACUGCGGUUAGGGAUUGGUUUUAUCCCACUGAGCAUUUUUUGGUCUAAAAAAGUUCUAAUAGACGUCUAAAUGUGGCCUAGAUGACUGGUCUAAAAUCAGACUACCACAGGUCUAAAAAUGAAUGUUUCUUAGACAUCUAAAUUUAGACAAAGUUUAGACUAAAUCUAAAUCUGGGCUAUAUCUAUACUACACUGUAUAUUGCUCAACGGCUAUCAAAAUUACUUUGGUUAAGUUCUUGGAGAUCAGUUAUGCAACUCACAGUUGCUUUUUGAAAUAAAUAGUUAUCGAAUAAUGGGUUAAAAAAUAUGUAGAUCUAAAAAUAUACAGAAUCUAGACGGUUGAAAUUAGGUCUAAAGCAAAAAAAACUACGUCUAAUAAACAUCUAUUGCCCAGUGAGAUGCUGCUGAAUCAGACUGAAAGUGGCCUCAUCGUUCUGUGAAUGCUCCAGUGUUCGGACGCUGGGAUUUUGAGUCAGAUGUGGAGUAGCAUAAAUGCAUCGCAAGGAAUCUGAGCGCUAAACAAAAUGAAGACAGAACAUGAAAAAGGUGCAACUUUCCAAUCAAACAAACAAAUGGUGUAGAGCUGGAAAAGUGUUGUUUUUAUCUUAUCAUUCGACAUACAUCUCGUUAGCCUCUUGCUCACGUUUUGUCGAUUGAUUUGGUUCGUAAAAGGUCUACCCAGAGACGGGUCGAUACAAACAAGCAAAGUGGGCAUGUUGCUAUCUAUCUACCACAGCAGAGACCGACAUGCUUCUGUCAAUCAUUCGAUUGUUGCAGGGUGUAUGUAAGUUAGGAUAAAGACAGUCCUCUAGUUAAAUGACUGCAGCUUGACUCAACUGUGCAUGUAAACAUACUGAGAGGAAAAGCCAGUUCUGUCAUUAGUCUUUGUUUUUGAACUAACAAAGGAAACAGCCAGCUUGACAGUGGUAUCAAUCCUCUCAAAGUUCUCAGCAGCUGGAGUUAUUUUAAGUCCCACUCCGAUCAUUUUUUUGACUACUGAAAGUGUUCUCAGUGGUCUUUAAAUUGUGAUUAUGAAGUUUUAACCAAAAAUCGCUUUACCUGCGUCAUUUUCAAGGGCUUUUCUUCUGCAGAGCUUCAGUAGCUGUCUCAUGGGCGGAGACAGCGCUGCUCUGCACACUCCUCUUCACGUUAGCUUGCAGCCAAACAUUGCCGAUGUACUAGAAGUGGCAGGUAACAUAGGAGCUAUUCAACUCUUGGAUUGGUUACACAUGAAAUCUCACUGUUUCUGAACCUGCUGUUUGGGUCUGCCAGAGAUUCACAGAGAUCUGGAUGAAGAAAUGUUCAGAAAAGCAAUUUCGCAUUUGGUUUUCUGAUGAUAUGUCCUGUAGCAUCAGAAAAAUGCCAUAUGAACAAAUAAAAAACAAGAAAAACAUGUUUUUCAUCGAAGUGGGUCUUCAAGAGCCUUUACUGUGGUCUCAAACUCAUGUAACUGUUGAAGUGUCUCAUGGUUAAAUUUGUUCUCAUGCAGCGUUUUACAUAAACCAUCUUCAAGCAUCUUAAUCAAAGAUGUCUUCCAAAGGUGCAGCCCACACUGAUCUCUAGCACUAUGUAAUAGAGGCCGGAAUAUAAAUAGCUAUUCAAAAGCCUUGAUAAGUGAUUAAUGAGAGCGUGAAGACUGUGUUGUGUUAGUUACGCCUCAAUCCUCCGGCUGUUGUUGGUUACCCCAUAUCCUCACUAGCACUCUGGUAUUUGGAGUCGCCUCCUUCGCCGCACAGAGAUGACACAUCUUUGUCCACUGCCUCUGCUUAACACCGUGGGUCAAAGUGUGUGAUAAAUGUGCGUGUGCGCAGGAUCGGUGGCACAAGUAAUCCAGCGAUGUCAGUUGGGGAUUAAUGUGAAAGUUCAGGUGGCGGGAGGAUUUUCCCUUUGGUUUUCAGGAGAGUGACAGAAGAGUAUGUGAACCUCUGCAGUUGAUUUUACACUACAAAUAAAUACAGCACAGAGCUCAGUAGACUGAUAGAAGAUGAAGGGAUAUUCCCCCUCAAGAGAUGAAUGUUGCCGACUGCUUGCUUCUCUAGUCAUACCAACUUUAGUAACGACCGCAAAACGCCACUCUAUAGCCACGAAUAAUGCUCAGAACAGCACUUAACUUCAUCAACAGCACUAGCCACCAAACAUCUUUUUAACUUUGCCUGAUUUCUUUAGCAAAGAGACUAAACACAACUCACCUACUCUCUUCCAGCAGCUGCUUGUUUGUAGCGAGACCUCAGGCGAGUCCAUCGACUGCAGCGGGGUGACGCAGCUCAAGGAAGUAAUUGAAGUAAUAAUCACCAUAUUAAUAAUUUUGCAGUGCAGACGCAGUAAUUCUUCUGCCUCAGUGUCUCGGUCUGAUUGCAUUUCCAUGAGGUAAUAAUCAUAAAUGUUCUUCCUUGAGCUGCGACACCCCGCUGCAGUCGAUGGACUCGCCUGAGGUCUCUGUACAAACAAGCGGCUGCUGGAAGAGAGUGGGUGAGUU